AUGGAGAACCGCCUUCCUGUCACGAGCACGCUUGUCCGCUCUCACCAGGCCCCGCUGAGCGUAGUCACCCAAGAGGACCUAAAGGUGACUCGCCUCCAAGGACGCAAGUACACGAACCCAAGCAAAAAACACGUGAUGCGUGCGGAGUUCUCCGACAAGAUCGAUCAUAUUAUGUACGACCCCCGUCCACAGGAGGGGAUGAGCUCUGAACUCCCCGUCUCCAUGAGUCCUCUCCUCUGUGAGCUUGCUGCGCCUCGUCGGCGUAUCCACUUCAAUCCACCGGAGACGGUGAUUGGCAUUGUUACGUGCGGAGGUAUUUGCCCGGGUCUGAAUGACGUGAUUCGCUCCUUGACAUUGACUGCCGUCAACACCUACCGCGUGAAGCGCGUCAUUGGCUUCCGCUUUGGCUACUGGGGCCUCUCAAAGGAGGGGGCUCAUACCGCCAUGGAGCUGUAUCGCACCUCUGUCACAAGCAUUCACCGCUACGGUGGAACAAUUCUGGGCAGCAGCCGCGGUCCCCAGGACCCCAAUGAAAUGGUCGACACCUUGGAGCGGCUUGGUGUUAACAUCCUCUUCACCGUGGGUGGUGAUGGCACCCAACGUGGUGCUAUGACGCUUGCGGAAGAGGCCAAAAGGCGUGGUGCCAACAUCGCCGUGUUUGGUGUUCCCAAGACCAUUGACAACGACCUCAGCUUUUCGCACCGCACAUUCGGUUUCGAGACUGCAGUGGAUAAGGCGGUGGAGGCUGUUCGUGCUGCAUACGCUGAGGCCAUUUCGCUCAACUACGGUGUUGGUGUCGUGAAGCUUAUGGGUCGUGACAGCGGUUUUAUUGCGGCAGAGGCGGCUGCGGCGAGUGCUCAGGCAAACAUUUGCCUUGUUCCUGAGAACCCCAUCCCAGAGGAGGUUGUGAUAAAGCUCAUCGAACGUCGCUUUGAGACCUCCCGCAGCUGCGUCAUUAUUGUGGCGGAGGGCUUUGGCCAAGACUGGGUAAACGAUACCGGUGGCCAUGAUGCGUCAGGCAACAAGAAGCUUGUGAACAUUGGCGUCAUUCUCACGAGGCGGAUUAAGGCAUGGCUUGCGGCAAAUAAGAAGCGCUACCCCAAUGGCACGGUGAAGUACAUCGAUCCUUCCUACAUGAUUCGGGCCUGCCCGCCCUCGGCAAAUGACGCUCUCUUCUGCGCCACCCUUGCCACACUUGCGAUGCACGAGGCAAUGGCUGGUGCAACCAACUGCAUCAUUUCCAUGCGUUACAACAACUACAUUCUUGUGCCCAUCAAGGUGGCCACUUCGGUGCGCCGUGUGUUGGACCUCCGCGGUCAGCUCUGGCGCCAGGUGCGCGAGAUCACAGUGAGCCUGCGGGACAACGUGCGCGACUGCAGGGAAACCGAAGUCCGUCGUGAGCUGGAGGCAAUCAGCUUGGUUCGGGAGCGCCUGAUCGAGGAACUCUCAAAGUUGUAA